UAGAAAAGACAGAGCUAACGUAGAUUUCAAACCAAACGUGAACAGUUCAUUUGUAACGGUGUGUAGUUACCGAUUACAAGGAAGUGAAGAGGUACGGUAUUAUAUAUCUCACAUCGUUUCGUAUAAACACUUGUAUUAUUAUUGCUUUGUCUUGUUAACUGUGUCACCUAAAUCCGUCUGAUAACAAUUGCUGGGAUGUCUUGAAAGAGAAUUGCCUUUAAGGACCAGUUUCAAAUCCAUAUCCUCCCUCUGUACCCUCGUUACGAGAUUGUAUCGUAACGUACUAACGUAACGUAACGAAACGUACGAUUGUAUCGUAACGUAAUAACGUAAAGCGUGGGUUUUCAUUUUUAAACCUAAGUAUAUUAUAUUAUUAAAUGCAAGUAUUUAUAAAAAAAAACCAUCGAAACUGUCUUUAUUUAGUCUGGCAAUACUUGGUGAGGGUAAUCUGAUAUAGGACUUCCCGAGUUUUUCUGAUACUGUGUUUUAAUACUGAUGUAGCGACGCCACCUUUAUAUUUUAUGAAUAAGGUUAUAUUCAUAAAAUCUUAAUCCUUAUACCUUUGUAUUUUAAUGAGAACCUUUGAUGUGUUUAUUUAAAAACAAAACAUGUUUUUAAAAAUGGUUUUGGUUACCAUCCUACAUCGUUGAAAUGUCUUGUUAUAUAGAUAUUUUUAUAAUAUAGUUUUUGUAGUAAAAAAAAAGUUACACCACAUAAAAUUUUAAUAAUAUCACGAAAUUCAUUAUUCAAUUUAAUGAUUAAAUGAGUAAAAAAUAUCGUAUUACUAAGACUAGACUCUCUGUUUGUCACCAAACUAUGUCUCAUAUAUCAUAUAUUUUUCAAAUUUUUUUAGUACCAUAUAUGGCUGUUAGCUCUGAAGCUUUGACAGCUUCACAGGGUACAAAAAAUAUCAGAAUUAAAUAAAUAUUUGAGAGGGCUCCCACACAGCAAAUAUGAUUUUUUUUGCUUGUUUUUAUAGAUGACAAUUCAUACGGAAUCCGUCGUGUACGCUUUCGACUCAUUCAUAACCAGUUUAUUAUGUUUAUAGUCCUUUUGUACUUUAAAUGGGUAUUCUUAUCGCUGCAGAUAUCACACCCUGUCUAUUUUGGGUUUAGACAAUGAAAAAUGAACAAAAUUUGUAAUAAAUUAAUUGCAUUGUUUUGAAUAAUUAUAUAACAUGAAAUUAUUACAAUAAACUAAGCCGGGACUUCGGAAACAAAACAUGGCAACACUGUGGUACGUAACAUGUGUAACUUAUUAGCCAUUCGUAGUUAUGUAUUCUAAGAUUUUCGUUUUAUAAAUUAUAACUUUAAUAUUUUCAAUCGAUAUAAGAUAAAACGAAGAUCAUUAGCCUUAUUACAACCUAUUUGUGUUAUGGGGACAUAUAGAUAAAGUUACAAUAUCCUUUAAAAGAACGACCAAAUGUCAUAAUAUUUAGUGUGAACUCCCAACUGGACUUGAACAGUUACGUUAUGACGUUGUCAUUUCGAGCGGCAAAUACGAUUAUUUGAAUAUUUAAGGACAAAAAAACCUUUGAAUUGAAUCGCAAUAAUAUAGAAUGGAAAAUAAAGAGGAGACGAUUGGUGCUGUGAAAAGCAUCACAAAGGUCACUAAGUACUACCAAAUUAAUUUCUCGACUGGCGAGGAAGCGAGGUUGUAUGUCCUCAAUGAUCAUGUUUUCAGAUACUACGUGUCACCCAAAGGAAUCUUUCUAGACUAUCCGGAACCCAUGGACCCAGAACAUGAAGCCAGAAUCGUUUACAAACACGAAGACGCAUACGGCUUACAAGCAUUCAAAGAGUCCACUUUAAAAGACGACGAUUCCCGUUACAUCAUAGAAACUAAAGAUGUGAAAAUUAUAUUUUAUAAAACGCUUGGUACUAUGGAAGUACACGAUUUGAGAAGGGGCAAGGAAGUAUUCAGCGAAUUAAGGCCUUUGUCGUAUAAAAAUUGUCACUCUAUGCAAACCCUUCGUCAGAGACGAGAUGAGUAUUUUUUUGGGGGCGGCAUGCAGAACGGCAGAUUCACCCACAAAGGAGAAGUCAUAGAGAUAGUCAACACCAACAAGUGGAACGACGGAGACGUCGCUUCGCCUUGCCCAUUUUAUUGGUCCUCGUCCGGCUAUGGCGCACUGAGAAACACUUUUCGACCAGGCGAAUACGAUUUUGGGAAAAAAUCUAUGAGUUACAUAGAAACAACUCAUAAUGGCGUAGAUUUUGAUGCGUUCUACUUCAUAAAUGAACUGCCGAGAGACAUUUUAAACGAUUACUACGAACUAACAGGGAAACCGAUACUGUUGCCAGAAUACGCGUAUUAUGAGGCACAUUUGAACGCGUUCAAUCGAGAUUAUUGGGUCAAAGUAACAUCCGACAUAAAUGGCGCCAUACUAUUCGAAGACGGACAAUACUAUAAAUGCUAUCAGCCAAAUCAAAUCGGUGACAAGACGGGGAUUUUGGAGUCUUUGAAUGGAGACGAGAAUAAUUAUCAAUUUUCCGCCCGCGCCAUGAUAGAUAGGUAUAAAAAACACGAUUUACCGCUGGGCUGGUUUAUACCCAACGACGGCUACGGCUCAGGAUAUGGACAGACUGAUUCUAUGGAUGGUGACAUACAGAAUUUGAAACGUUUCGCUGAUUACGCGUUACAAAAUGGCGUAGAGUGUGCUCUGUGGACGGAGAGCAACCUGACACCCAAGGAUCCUUUGAACCCAAAAAAGGGAGAAAGAGAUUUAUCCAAAGAGGUGGGAAUCGCUAAUGUGGUAGCAUUAAAAUGCGACGUAGCCUGGGUGGGCAGCGGAUAUUCGUUCGGACUCUCAGCUAUAGAGAACGCGACGGACAUAUUCGUUAAAAGCACGAGAAAUAAUGUCAGACCCUUCAUCAUCAUGGUGGAUGGAUGGGCUGGUUGUCAACGCUAUGCGGGUAUAUGGAGUGGAGACCAGAAGGGUGGGGAGUGGGAGUACAUAAGGUUUCAUAUACCGACUUAUAUCGGUGCUGGGCUCUCUGGAAUACCGCUCGUCGGUUCAGAUAUGGAUGGCAUCUACGCCGGGGGUGAUAAGGAAAUUAACAUACGAGAAUAUCAAUGGAAAACUUUCACCCCGAUACAACUCAACAUGGAUGGGUGGGGUCACGUACAAAAGACGCCAUUCACGUUCGGCGAGGAAGCGACAUACAUAAACAGGGGAUAUUUGAAAUUAAAAUCAAUGUUGAUCCCAUACAACUAUAGCAUUGGCUAUGAAUCGGUUCACGGCCUGCCCAUGGUUAGGGCCAUGUUCUUAGAAUAUCCAGGAGAAGUAACGGCUUACACUUUAGAAUCCCAAUACCAGUACAUGUGGGGUCCGAAUAUUUUGGUUGCUCCUAUAUACAGCGGCGAGAAAUUAGGCAAAGACUCACUACGUGAUGGAAUCUACUUGCCAGAUUCCAAUCAGAUAUGGAUAGACUUUCUAACCGGCGAGAAAUAUCAAGGGGGGAAGAUUUACAACAACAUUGUAUCACCUUUAUGGAAAAUACCUGUUUUUGUUAAGGACGGCGCCAUAAUACCAACCACAAAUCCGAACAACAAUCCUUACGAAAUAAAACGAGAUCUUAGAGUAUUCACCGUGUAUCCCAACGGCACGUCUAGCUUUAUCGUAUACGAAGACGAUGGAAUUACAUCCGAUUAUCUAAAAGGUUCGUACGCCACCACCAAAAUCCAUGCCAGUGGUCCUGUGUCUAAUAAAAAUGGGGAUUUAAUUAUAAAAAUACACAAAACUAAAGGACACUAUAAGAACAUUGUAAAGGAAAGACGUACUUUGAUACAAGUAAUGUGCUCCAGAGCGGUCGGACGGAUAAAGGUAUCAGCCAACGAAAAAUCUAUCAGAUUAAAGAAAGUUCGUAACUCAGACGAGUUCGCUAACAACGACGACUGUUUCUAUCACGAUGAGAAUUUCCAAUUCAACCCCUACCUUAAAAACUAUGGCGAGACGAAGCAAAAAUUCCUACUAAUAAAACUUAGUAAAUUAGACGUCACAGCGUGUGAGAUAAUCAUAAAGAUCAAAGAUGUAUCUAAUAAAAGUGCUGUUUACGGCAAAAUUGAUGUCGACAACGGAAUUGAAGUCCCGAAAAAUGUUAAAGAAGUGGAACAUGGGAUCUCAACCAUAGGUUUGCAAUGGGAUAACAGCAAUUACGAUUAUAACGAAGUAGAAAAAGAUGGAGUUAUAUACACAAAUAUAAAAAACAAUUCGUUCAUAUUUAAUCAUGCGGACGGCGUACAUGAAUGUAGAGUCCGUUCAGUAGUAGGCGUAAAAGCAUCUAAAUGGAGUGAGAAAGUAAUUUUAAAUAAUCAGAAUGUACUAUAAUCUACAAUAUGACAAUUUCUGUACGUACCUAAUCUGUCAAUUGUCAAUGUGACAAACAAAAUGGUGGGCCGUACAAACAUUUUUUUAUUAUAGCUUUUUAUUAGCUUCACAUGUAUAUUUGUAUGUUUGUUUGUAACCGACUUCUUUGGGCGCCAUUUUGACCCACUUUAAACGGCCAUAUUUCGUUCAAACUUUGUAGAUUUAUCGAGGAUAGAUGACAAUACACUAACUUGAUAAAAUUAUUCCAUUUUUCAAUUUGCAAAAUAUGAUUUCUGUUAAUUUAUAUAAUUUUCAUCUAUAGUUGAUAAGGUAAGAAACUUAAUUAAAAUUAAAAAAACAAGCUCUUAUAAAUAAAUCAAACUAAAAAGUAGAAAAUAAAUAAUAGUUUAAAAAAACUAAAAAUCACGAUU